AUGGCUGAAGCUGGAGAUCACUCAAGAGACCCUUGUCCCAUUGUCAUUUUGAAUGACUUUGGCGCCACCUUUGCUAUGGGUGUUAUCGGUGGUACUAUCUGGCAUGGUAUCAAGGGAUUUAGAAACUCGCCUAUUGGCGAACGUCGGGCCGGUGCUUUAUCGGCUAUCAAGGUUCGUGCUCCUACUAUUGGAGGUAAUUUCGGUGUUUGGGGUGGUUUGUUCUCUACUUUCGACUGUGCUGUUAAAGGUGUUCGUAGAACUGAAGACCCUUUUAACGCUAUCAUUGCUGGUUUCUUCACUGGUGGAUCGCUUGCUCUUCGUGGAGGCUGGAAACAGACCAGAAACGGUGCCAUUACUUGUGCCUGUGUCUUGGCUGUUUUCGAGGGUGUCGGUAUUGCCAUGCAAAGAUGGAUGGCCUAUGGACAAAAGCCCAUGGCUCCUCAACUUCCCGAGGCUCCUCAACCUUUGGCUGCCUAA